GGAGAUAACUCUGAUUUUUUUGUCCCAGCAAUGUUUACUUCCGUUUUAAAACACGUGUGAACAUUGACGGCCGUUUUGCCUAGCUGUGGACAUUUAAAGUGUUUAUACAUCACAACGAAAGCGUUAUCACAGAUGAGUAUAUAAUUUUUCCUUGGAGCAACAAACACUAUACAUAUUUAUCAAGUAAUAUGUCCCUUGAAAAUACUGUGAAAGAAAGCCAAGAGAGGUCCAAAAAGAAGAAGAAACAAAAACUAUCAGAAAGACAUGAGGAAUCUGAUCAGGUUGUAAAAAAUAAAAAGGUUAAGAAAAGGAAAGAGAAAUUUUCUUCAGAGAAUGAUGAAAAUAAUGCUGUGAGUAUGAGUCACUCCGAAACAAAGAAGCAUAGGACUAAAAGGCAUUCUGAGACAGAGACUGUUGAAGAGAGAAAAGAAGAUGUUGUGGUCACAGGAGAUGUUAGACAUAGUAAAGCUAGGAAAAGAAAAGCCCAAUCUGAAAGUCAAAAUGGAGUUAAACAUGUAAAGCAACACCAAGACGAUAGUGGUGGGAAAAGGGAGAGAAAGAGAAGAGAACGAAAGGACAAAUUUAAAGACAAAGUGCCAGAAUUUCUCAAACUUGUGAAAUCUAAAAAUCUCAAAGAGGAAGAGCAGCCAGAGCCAGUUGCCAAAACACCUGAAGAAAUUGCAUUGGAAAAAAUGAAGGAGGAGAAAAGGGAGAGAAUGAAAAAGAAGAGGCAACAAAAGAAAGCUAACAAGGGAAAGAAAAUAGAAAGCACUGUUGCUAAAGAUGCUGCCUUGGCAUACUUGAGUCAGUGGCACUAUCACCGAGGUGUGUGGCGGUUCCAGAAGGUUCGUCAGGUCUGGUUGCUAGGACACAUGUAUGAUACCAACAUGGUGUCUGAUGAAAACUUUGAGAGGUUGCUGAAGUAUCUGGAAGAUUUGAGGGGCCACAGCAAAACUGAAACCACAAGACAAGCUGAGACAAUAUUGGCAGAAGCCGAAAAGGAAUCUGAGAAAGAUGAAGAGGCAGAGGUAGAGGAUGAGGAUGGUGAAGUGAAAGCAGUAGAGGAGGGAGAAGAAGAGGAGCAUGAGGACAAGGAAGAAGAUGCCCCUGAAGAUGAGAGCGAAGAUGAAGAUAGUAAUACUGAUGACAAAAAGACAAAGAAAAAGAAGAAAAGCAAAGACACCACCAAAGAUGUGACAUCAUCAUUGAGGUAUCAGAGAGCAAGGCAGAUUCUCCAGAUUUUAACAUAACAACAUCUGUAACUAUGACAUUAAAAUUGUUCAGUUGUUAAAAUUGUUCAGUGAAAUUCCUUUGUUCUGAG